AUUAAAUCGACAUCUGCCCUGCCACAGGUAGUGUGUGACCAAUGCCCCGCCUCUGCAGAGCCAGCGAUGCAAAUAGUCCCUCCACAGGUGUCAUUUUACACUUGAUCCUUUGGCAAAGAGUCACAGUCAUCAGAUCACAGGAGCUACUUUACAAAGGAAACCAGACGGCAUGCGCCAGUCUAUGGAGACGCAUCGACAGUAACGUUCAAAAGGAUCAGUCAACCAAUCGCCACCGCCAUCAGCGCUGCGGUGAUGCCAUUUGCGGCGCUUUCGGGAGUCCACUUCGACAUGCAGCUGCUGUUGAAACUGAGUCUCUCUGUGGCCGGGGUGCUGCUGGUUUCGUGGGCAUACAGGUUCUUCAGCUCCAGGGAAGCAGAAAACGUUCAGCUCUGCGUCAAAGACGACAAAGAGCCGGACAGACCAACCUUCCAAAACUGCAAGGCAACACUCAGAGGCCAAAGCUCAACAAAGCAUGCCGCCGAUGAUGAGGGCGGGCAACCCGGACCCUCGGACACAGACCCGGCAACUGACAGCCGGACGUCUGACGACGCCAAGGACGCGGCAGCGGAGGCUCGUCCACGCCGAGCCGAAAAGAAAGAGGAGGCAUUUAGUGCGUCUCAUGCAACCCGGGAUGUCGGCAUGAAAGGAGAGAAACUCCGUCGUCAGGAGCCGGCACAGGUCGCCACCAGUAAUAUUUCAUUUGGAUCCGCUUUGAACUUUCCUCAUCCAACUGAGAGUGGGAUGGUCAGUGCAACGGGGCGCCGCUCCCCUUGCUUUUUUCAGAAGCUGGAGGGCAGUGUGGGUGUGGGCAGGGAGUUACGGCAGGAUUUAGAGCGCCAGGGGGCCUACUCCAGCUUCCUCUCCAAGGCAGAGAUCAAGGUGGAGGAUGCGAACGUUGUGCGGGAGGGAACGGGAGACCAGAUUGUGCGCGGGAAAAUAUACGAUUACUACGUUGAGUCGUCCUCUCACUCAAUAACAGACUCGAACGCCGCUCUGGGCCAGUAUGAGAGGAGCUCCGAGUCAGAGUCUGCGGAGCUUGGAAGUCGAGGCGGCGGCCUCAAAGAAUCCCCCUGCUCGCUGAGCGCCAUCAUCAUGCGUGAUCUGCUUUUACCACAAAGCACUGUUGAAGAUCUUUCUUUACCGGGAAGCCUAAAACUGAGGCCACCCGCGAGGCCGGUACUCCUACGCAAAGAGAGCUAUCUGUCUGCUGCAGAGCAGUCUGAGCUCUCCAUCCCCUCUCUAAAUACGAAAGUCUCAACUCCAAAGACUCACUCUGGGGCACCAACCAGCAAUGAGUCCAUCUCUCACUCAACCGGCAGUAAACGCUUUAAUGUGAACGAGGAGGAAGAUGUGGAGACUAUGGCAGCAUAUUUACUGCCUCCAGCAAAAGCUCUCGAUGGCUCAGAUAUGGAAAGCUUGAAGAGUAAACUGCAUCUGGGUAAUUGUUUAGAGACGCUGUGUCUGGCCAAGACACAUGGCUGGACCUCUGUGCAAAAAGCUGCCCUGGGAGUCAUGUCUGACAACUACCUCCAGGUGCUCAGGGACCCCAACCUUUAUGGACGGCUAAUGGCUGGCGAGAGGGAGCAAAUCCAGAAGCAGAGGAUGAGAGGUAGAAGGUUUGUCAUGGCGGCCGACAUGGACCCUCAGGACUGGGUGGGGAACGCAGGCGGGCGCCCGCGGGAGGCGGAGCAGAGGAGGACGUCCAGUGCGGUGUACUACUAUGAUGACCACAAGGACGCCUGGCAUACACUUUGCCCGAUCCCGCAGGAGGUCAUCUCCAAAGCCUGUGCCAUGUGCACAAUGGAUAACUACUUGUUUGUGGCAGUGGGCUGCCAAGGCGCAGACAGAGAAAUGACACCCUCAAAGCGAGUGUUUUGCUUUAAUCCACUGACAUCAAUUUGGAAGGAGAUCAGCCCCAUGAAUGAAGCCAGGCCCCGCUGCAAACUGGCCGCGCUGGACGGCUACGUCUACGCCAUCGGCGGGGAGUGCCUGUCCUCCGUGGAGCGCUACGACCCGCGAUUGGACAGAUGGACGUUCGUGGCUCCGCUGCCCAACGACACGUUCGCCGUGGCGCAUCACGUCACGGCGAGCAGCGGAGAGCUUUUCGUCUCCGGGGGAACUCUUAGAUACAUGCUGCUGCGCUACAGCCCCAAGACCGACAGCUGGAGGCCCAGCCUGUUGGUGGGCAGCAAGGACAGAACUGCAGACAUGGUGGCCGCCGGGAGGUUUCUGUAUCGGUUUGACGUCAACCCUCUGCUGGGAGUCAGCGUGUACCGCUACCACACGGUGGCGCGCCUGUGGUACGAGUGCAGCACCAAGAGGCUCGAGCGCUGCCCCGCCUUCCAGUGCGUCAUGUCCGACGGCACGAUAUAUUGCGUCAGCCGGCAGUUCACCAUGGGGUUCGACGCCGACGAGAUCUCGCCGGGUUUCAAAGACGGGAAGAUGAGUGUCCUCUCCGCAGCAAAGGGCGUACUUUUCCCUUUCGUUCUGUCACUCCCUGACAAACAGCCUCGACAGACGAGCGUGUGAUUGAGGAUUCAGUUUUGCUUUAGUGACGAUUAGGCGCUUAAUGGAGUAUCUCAACAACAGCGUGCUUUUACAUGACAAGUUUUUAGUUGACCGUUUGGGUUUUACUGUGUACACCCCAAAUGUUAAAGCAAAGUUGGAAUCUCUGCGUUGACUUUGUUUUUUGAGUUAUACAAAACCACGGAGCUUCCGAUUCAAACUUAAAUCCUUGGAUUGGGUGUGUUCCUCACGUCUGUGGCCAUGGCAGUAGAUGCAAAGUAUUAGACUCCUAAUGGCAGCCAAACUACUGUUUGCUUAGAUUUACGGAAGAGCUGCCAUGUAGAUUGUUUGCUCCUUUGAUUUGCCACUCCGUCCUGCCAUUAAGCCAGUUUUAUAUCAUCCCAGAUGCUUAACCUCUUUGGAUAAUUCAUGAAUAAGUCUUGGGGUAAAUUAGCUCAUUCAACUCUAACACAUUACAGAGAUUGAGCAAUGUAGUGGUAAUCUAUCACUGUGUAGGGCACACAUAUAAUUUACACAGUGGCCUGGAUACAAUGCAAUUAUCUACAGUUGCUCUUUAAGUAUGACAAGAUGUAAAUGGAUUUGUCACGUAAUAUGAAUAGGUGGGCUUCUAAAAGCAUUUGUCAUUACUUUUGAAACUCUUCCAAGGCUAAAACUUGUUGUUGUU